CUCUGAAUGUUUUAUUAACAUAAAAUUGCAUACAAUCUGUAGUGAAAUCAAUUAUUUUUUUCUCAUAAAUUGCAAGGCUCAGGAAAAGAUGAAAACAGUGAUAACAUUACAUCACAGCCAUGGAUGAGCUCUGCCAAAGAUGUGAAAGACAGACAAAAGCUAUCUGCAGAACAACUGAUGGGCAGACUUCAUCUGGAAAGCAAAUAUCAGAAACUGAAAACGGCAGAUUUUAUUCAGAUAACUGAACAUUCACAAUCUCAUGAGUUUUGUGCAGAGGAAGAAGUCGCUCGAACUUUUCUACAAAAGUUACUUACAUUGGACUACACAGUGAGAUGCAUCAAAAUUGGAGAGUACACUGAACAGAACGACACACAACAAAGAUGUAAUAAGUUGUCUACAAGAGACGCUUUUAAUUAUAUUUUUGGAGAAACAGCUGAAUCUGAUGAUGAGACUAACACACCAGAUGCUAUUGACUUAAUGGAUGCUCAGAUGGCUGUGUUUCAUUGUGCUGAUAGUUUCUUAAAACAGCUCAUGGUGACUAAACUCUCACAAUGUCAGUUUGCUCUUCCUCUGCUUGUACCGAAUCCAUUCACACAACAGAUUGAUUUUCCUCUCUGGACAUUUAGACAAAUCAAAAAGAGCUGGAAGACGACUGAUGAUACAGGUCAAACGCAACCAGUCUACAGGGCAGAAACUCCAAUGGUGGCUUUCUUUAGUUUUGGUUCUUUGUCCUCAUCAAAGUCUCAGCUGAUAAACAGUUUGAUCAAUGAGAAACAUAACACGUUCUUCCACAGAAACUGUCCAGGCAGCAGCAGAACCAGAAUACUGAUGGACGGGGUUGUGGAGAUCGCCUGGUACUGCCCAUCCGGAGAGAAAACAGAUAAAUUUCCUCAAUGUGUUGCGUUCUGUAAUCUUCAUGGUGAUGCACGAGUCAAUGAGAAACAGCUGGAUAUCAUAACUCAAAUGUCUUCUGUAAAUGUUGUUAUUUUAACUAAAAUGAAAAAUAAUAAUAAAGACAUGAAAAAGAUCCAAAGAUUAUAUCAGGCCUCAAAGCCGCUCAUUUGUCUAUGUCCUGAGAAUAAUGCAGCGCUCAAAGAAGUCUGCCAAGGAAAAUACAGAAUAGGUUUGAGAGACAGAAAUCAAUCUACUGUCUUUGAAGAACUCAGAAAAGCUAUCAAUAAAGUAUUCUCAUCUUUAGAAUCAUCUUCCCUUUUCAAACUUGAAGAUGUGGCCAAACAUUUAAAUAUCACAGUAGAUGAGAAGACUGAUGAGGACUGCAAGAGACGAAAAGAUGCAGCACAGCAAAUGAUGAGUUUACUGGAGAAUAAAGAUCUGACAGAAAUUAAAGAAUCAUUUCUGCCGUGUCAGGGAAAACUGUGGCAUCAGUGGUGCCAGAAGAAUAAAGAACUACACAGACCUACAUUGGGUGAACUACAUAAGAGUGAUAAUAUAGAAAAAAACAAAAGUGAUAAGAAAUCAGAAAUGCUGAAAAUCCGUGAAACGCAGCAAAGAUCUGUUGUAAGUGAAUUUAUCCAAACCUUUAUUCAACAACUGAACUCACAAGAAGGAAAUGAGAUGGUGUAUUUUCUUAAGUGGCUUGGGAUUCUACUGGAUGACUUCACCACUGAAAGUCUUUCAGCCCUUCAUCGUGAGUAUGAUAAAAAGUGGUCAGCAGUCAUAGAUCUUAGAAAGAAACAUGAUAAAUCACAACAACAGAUGGCUGAACAAGAACUUGAGAUCAUCUCUGAGAAACUACAAGCUGCAACCUUUGGUUUGGAGCACAUACUGAGAGAGAUCGGUCAGAUUUAUGAAUCAUGUUCAACUGUAAAAAACAACAAGAAAGACCUGAAGUUUGACUUUAAAGUUCUUCCUGGUAUUGCAGCAAAGAUGAUGAUGUCUGGAUUUCCACUGGAGCUGAUGGAUGGAGAUGCUGCUCAUGUUCCUCUGAUCUGGGUUACUGCUGUUUUAGAUGAACUCAUCCAGAAACUGGGAGACAAGAAAGUCUUUGUGCUGUCAGUUUUAGGGAUUCAGAGCUCUGGGAAAUCCACCAUGUUGAAUGCCAUGUUUGGUUUGCAGUUUGCUGUCAGUGCCGGCCGGUGCACCAGAGGAGCUUUCAUGCAGCUGGUCAAAGUGUCAGAGGAGAUGAAGAUGAAAGAACAGCUGGAGUUUGACUAUAUUCUGGUUGUUGAUACUGAGGGUCUUCGUGCUCUAGAACUGGCUGGAAGAUCAACAAGAAAUCAUGACAAUGAAAUGGCCACAUUUGUUGUUGGUCUUGGAAAUAUGACAUUAAUCAACAUCUUUGGAGAAAACACUGCUGAGAUGCAGGAUACUCUCCAAACUGUUGUUCAGGCCUUUCUGAGGAUGAAGAGAGUCAGACUGAAUCCCAGCUGUAUGUUUGUGCAUCAGAAUGUUUUCGAUGUUACAGCCAGAGAGAAAAAUAUGGAAGGAAGGAGACGACAGCAGAAGAAUCUGGAUGAGAUGACAAAACUUGUUGCUAAAGAGGAGGACUGUAAUACAGAGUUUUUCAGUGAUGUCAUUGCAUUUGAUGUACAGAAUGAUGUGAAGUAUUUUUCACAGCUCUGGGAGGGAAGCCCACCUAUGGCUCCACCAAACCCGAACUACAGCAGAAACAUUCAAGAGUUGAAAGACACCGUUCUCUCAAAAGCUUCUACAGCAAGCAGCAUCACACUGUCACAGUUCAAAAUGCGUAUUAAUGAUCUUUGGACAGCACUGCUGAAUGAAAACUUUGUGUUCAGCUUCAAAAACACACUGGAGAUUUCUGUAUACAGAAAACUGGAAACUAACUAUAGCAACUGGACUUUCAGUCUCAGGAGUGCCGUGUUGAGCAUUGAAGACAAAUUCUACAACAGAAUUGCUAAUGGAAACAUUGAUAUUCAUGAUAAUGACCUGCUGGCUGAAAUGAGGAAGACAAAAGACGAAGUCGAAAAAUCAAUGAAGUCUUACUUUGGUGAGGACAAAGACAAAGACAUUCUGUGUCAAUGGCGAGGAAGAUUUGAAACACAAAUUAAAGGUCUUCAUGAUGAUCUGGUGAAGGAAACAAAAAGAAAAUUGAAUAAAGCAAUUGAACAGAAGAAAGCAAUGGAGAACCUGGAUAAGAAAAGAACAGAGGAUGAAAAUACACUUUUCACUCGGAGCAAGGAAUGUGCAGUGAGUCUAAAAAGAAAAGGAGCAGAUGAACGUGUUCUGAAAAAGGAAUUUGACACAUUGUGGAGUAAAUGGGUCACUGAAAUGACAGAAGAUAUUCCUCCACUGAAAGACUUUGAUUUAUGGGAUGAUGUCACAAAGGUUUUAUCUGAAAACCAUGAACCAACUUUUGUGAAUCAGAGACUUAAUCUGCAAGACUUCAAACAGAUAGUCCAUAGAGGUGAUUAUGAUGACUACAUUGUAAUACAGAGACAUCUAGAGCUUUCUGGUGAAACUGUAUCAAGUCAAAACAACAUCCUUAAUGCGAAAUAUAAUGACUCAGUGAGGCAACUGAUUCAUAAUGUUAUGCAGGAAACUCAGAAAAUGAUGGAAAAAUUACCAGUCAGAGGACACGGCUACAAUGCAAGUUACAUUCAGGAAAUAACAGACUGUGUUAAAAAGUCAGUUGAGCAAAAUCAAUCAGAGAACCAAACAUAUAAAUUAAAAAGUGAGUUUAUCACAGAUCUCUGUCUCUAUCUGUGUGACAUUGCAUGUAAAAAAAUUCUUAAACUCCACAAGAAAUUCAGAGAAUCAAAUUAUUUUAAGAAGCAGAAGACACAAUACUGCAACUUCUUCAUGAACUACUCCAGAGGAGCAACAAACACAACCAUACUGAUUGAUUUCAUCUGCAGUAAACUUGAACCGUCCAUCCUACAAGACGUUUACAACAAAACGGCUAUUGAUUUAGCAGCACAGAUGAGGUCUGACAUACGAGCAUUAUGUGAGAACAGAUCAAAUCUGGAGAAACACAUUCUGAAAUCCCUCGCAGAGAAAGAGGACUUUGAUCAGUACAUACAAUAUAUCUAUAUACCCAAACAUCACUUCAAACAAUUCAUAAAAAAUGAAGUGGAUAAAUACUUCACCAAACAAAGUGAGAUGAUUCUAAACAUUUUCAAAGGAAAUCUACAACAGAAAGAGCAGAUUGUGAGUAAUGCUGUGCAUGUAGUGACAGUGGAGGUAAAAAACAAGAGAGGAGAUGAAAACAUGUGGUUCAGAAGUUUCACCAAAACACUCACGAAUGUGCUGAAAUUCACAGGAGAGUCAUGUGUUAAUGUCACUGAAGUUAAAGACUUGGAUUUUCUUGAAAAUCAUUUGAGUAAAAGUCUGAAUGAAAUGAUGACAAAGCUACAGAACAGUUUUUCAAGCAUUGAUGACAUUAAAAUGGAAAAGUGCAGGAAGAAACCAGAUGAGAUUUUGAUCGAUCACUUCUGUCAGUGCUGUUGGGUUCAGUGUCCCUUCUGUAAAGCCAUCUGCACCAACACAAUGGAGAACCAUCCUGGAGAUCACAGUGUUCCUUUCCAUCGUAGUACUGGACUGAAUGGGCGGUUUAACAAAGAAAAAACAAACUUGACAAAUUGUUUCUGCACAACAGAAGUAGCAAGUGAUAAUUGGUUUUACUCAAAUGAUUCGGAUGAAAAAACAUUCUGGAAAGAAUACAGAAAAGGAGGUCCUGAAUUAGUAAACUGGAGCAUCACUCCUGACCUCUCAGAACUGCCAUACUGGAAGUGGGUUGUGUGCAGAUUCCAGAAAGAUCUAGAAAAGCACUACAGUAAAACAUUCAAGGCACAUUGUGAGAUUCCAGAUGAAUGGAGACAAUACACAAAAGAGGAUGCUAUUGAGAGUUUGGAUAAAUACAUCUAGCAAAGAAUUUAAAAAGUAACUUUGAAUGUGUUUUAAUGUGUGAACGUAUGAAUCAGCAAAAAGUUAACUAAAGAAAGACAAACCACAGUAAAUGCAACAAGACAUGUUUACUGAUUAAUUCCAUAGUUCAAUAUGAAACAUCUAAAACAAAUUUAUUUCAACCAUUUUGUAUACUCCUGUUAACUAACUAACUAAUGAAUACAGCCUCAGUACAACCACAUGAAACAUUUGUUUUAAUAAAGACAUAUUUUGCUUUAAUUUAAAAAGGAUGCAUCUCUCUGAAAGUUAGUUAAAUAAAACAAUACUUCAGAAAUAAAUUGUGUAAAUCUUUUUAAACACGCAAUUUACAAAUUUUAAUUACUUUACCAUCUUUUGGUGCUAACUAACCAAAAUAAAUGAUUUACUUACUUAAGGUCUAAGUGUUUAGUGUAAUGUAAAUAAAACUGAACUAAUUAAAGACUCGUUUCUUGUUAAUUUUUAAUUUAAUGUGUCAUGUAUUACUCAAAGUUUUUUCUGUAGCUCAGCAUAAGAGCAUGCGUUUAGCCGAGUAAAAAGCCAUGGGUUUCAUUCCCAGAGAACAGAAUACUGCUAAAUAAACGUAUACAGUCGCUUGAAUACACUUUGGGAAAAAAGCAUCUGCAAAUUGCAUAAAUGUACAAUAAAACCAUG